AUGGCGAGGGCAAGAGAUAUCCAACCUGGACUAGAAGUUGUUGAAAGAUAUACGGCACCAGAAGUAGUUCCUAACGAGUAUAAUAGGGGGUAUGGAGACGGGCUGGAGGUGCUAUUAGCACAAGUAGGUGAUAAAAAGGAGGAUGAUACACCGGAACCUACUCAUUGGAACAAAUCGCGGCGGCGCCUCAUCAUUAUUGCCGUAGCAGCUUCGCUUGUCGUUAUUGGAGCUGCCAUAGGAGGCGUCCUCGGGGGUCUUGCGAGCCGCGACCACAACAAUAACACUGGAGAAACACCAACCUCACCAGCUCCCACAGCCACAGCCACAGCAACUCUACAGUCGCUCCGGCCGAAUUCAAAACUCGCAGUCGCAGGAUGGCGAGCCAGCGGAGGUUUGGGGUUCAAGAUCCGACUAUUCUAUCAGGAUAGAAAUGAUACUCUUAGGUUUUCCGAGUUUUCGAGUGAUGGAGGAGGUUGGUCGGCUUCCAACAAGGUCUCAUCUAGUCAAGUAUUACCGGGAACAUCCAUAGGGGCCUCGGCCUCCGUUUGGGAUAAUCCUGAUGGGACUACACCGCUUGGUGGCUCAUCCGACUCUGUGAAUGAUUAUCCAGUUGCGGCAUAUGACAGAUCUAUAGUAGCUUUGUAUUGGCCUUACGCUGUUAUACAAGACGUUGGCGGAAAUUUGAGGCUAGUCACCUACCAAAGUCCAGGGGCUUACUUCAACAAUUCAAUAGGCUUGUCCGGCAUGGAAAGUACAGGGAUGGCCGUGAUUCCAAGAUCAGCCAAGUACAAGACACCUUGGACUGCGGAACUUAUAUAUCAGAUGCCCAAUGGGCGUCUUGAAGGCUAUACGUUAAGGUGGAAUACAUCGGGGCAAGGCUGGGACAUCGGCGUUGACAACGCUAUACCACAGCGCACGGCCAUCGCGGCGUUCUCAGUAGCUAAAGACAACAGCGGCAGUGGCGAUGAUAUCAUCGCGUACGUUGUAUACCAGAGUGCGACCAACGAUAUCGAACUCCUUAUAAAUGACGGCUCCACAUGGAAUUCGAGUACUGUAGCCUUAGGGGGCGCUGAUGCCGGCACGGAUAUUGCAUGUCUUACGGAAUCCUUGUGGGGAGGUGAUAAUGUGCUAUCGAGUAGAUACGACAUGAGUAGAUGUUAUUUCCUGUCUAGUGGCCAGAUACGGGAAGUGUUAUAUAACGGCACAGGUUGGGAAGAAUUAGGGAACAUACCUCUAAGUUAGGGGGGUAAGUCAUGGGCUAUUUUGGUGUAUCAUUUAUAUAAGGAUGGAUAAUGGGGGUUGGCACCCCUCGGCGAACGGGUGUCAUUAUAUAAACCAGGAUUCGGCGUUCACCCAGCACGGAAUAGAAACUUUGGCACUAGAAAUUGAUU